GAGGGGCGGGUUCGGCCUGUGAGGAGCGGCCGGGGAGGCCCCGAGACAGCUGGGACAAGACCCGGUCCGGAGACUCUCCGUUCCUGCCCCUUCCGUCCCACGGAGCGUUUAAGGACUAAAUAUGUUGACAGUGCUUACGUAUCCCAGGCUGUUCUAAGCGAUUGAUAGAUACUACUUCUUUUAAACUAACAUCUUGAUGAUCCAAGUGCGUUAUUACCACCCGGAUAAUAACGGAGGCACAUUUCAGUGAUCCAGAGUCGCACAUCUGUUAGCUCCUCUCAUUCCCAUUUACCUGAGCGUUCGCACCCGCUGAGGAAUUAGGCUGAGCAACGCGGGACUUGGCAUCGGAAGGCGUGGCUGCGAACAUCCGUUCUGCCUCUAAGAGUACAGGCUCUAGAGGCAGACUGCAAGGACUUGGGAACCUGGCUGAAAUCAUUUACUAGCUAGGUGCUUCUGUUUCCUUAGCUGUGAAACGGAGAUAAUUGCAUGACUUAGCACAGAAUUAAAUAAGAGGAUAUGAUCUUCUAAUUUUGCAUUGUAUGCAGUUUGCUCUUCAUGAUACUGACCACCAUAAUUACAGCAGAAAAUUCUGAGCUGCAACCCAAGGAAGUGAAACCUUUGUACAAAGGAAGACAGUCACUCUCUUAAGAAUCAUUUUUCUGUUCACCAUGAAGUUAGGAAAAACUAAAGGGGGUUUUUCUCGAAGCUCAAGCAAAAGAAAAGCCUAUGAGAACCAGCGUAAAACAGCACGUCAGCGGCAGAAAUGGGGAAUGGUUGCUCGAUUUGAGUCAAGCUUGAGUAGGCUGAGAAGAAGCUUGGAUGAGAAACCUUACAAAUGUACUGAGUGUGAAAAGAGUUUCAGUCAGAGUUCAACUCUUUUUCAACACCAGAAAAUCCAUACUGGAAAGAAAUCCCACAGAUGUGCUGAUUGUGGGAAAAGUUUCUUUCAGAGUUCUAAUCUCAUUCAGCAUCGACGGAUCCAUACUGGGGAAAAGCCCUAUAAGUGUGAUGAGUGUGGUGAAAGGUUUAAACAGAGCUCAAAUCUCAUUCAGCAUCAGCGAAUUCAUACCGGAGAAAAGCCCUAUCAGUGUGAUGAGUGUGGCCGAUGUUUCAGCCAGAGCUCCCACCUCAUUCAACACCAGAGAACCCACACCGGGGAGAAGCCCUAUCAGUGCAGCGAGUGCGGCAAGUGCUUCAGCCAGAGCUCUCAUCUCAGGCAGCACACGAAGGUGCACAAGGAAGAGAAGCCUCGGAAGACCCGGCGCAAAAACAGCAGGGCAAAAGCUCACCUAGUAUCGUCUUGGAAAGCUGGUACAGGAAGGAAGUCUGUGGCUGGUCUCCGCUAAGUAAAGGGCACUACUUCAGCCCUCUUUAAAAAAAAUUUUUUUUUAAGGCUAAUCGUUUAGUACUAGAGAUGCUUUAUAGUUGAACACUUUUAUUGCAUUUUCUUUUUCUAAUAUUGGAGACAUUGGGAGUUCAAUGACUUUAUUGGGCUGAAAGAAACAACAUUAGUUCAUCUGUACUCUUUUUUUUUUUUUUUUUUAAAGUGACAUGGAGCACAGAGAACUGAAAAUGUGUUUUGAGAGAAUGCAAGAUCCCUUGACCUCAUUUAAAAUUGCUUCCUGCCUCACUUUGACAAAUACCAUCAUGUUUUGAUGACAUGUAUAUGAAAGUGCAGGAAUGUGCCAAUGAUUCCUUAAUUUUAGAACUUUUAGUGGAAGGAGUAAUUAAAUAAAAGGGAGAGGAGAUUAAUUCCAUUUGUUUUGGAGUUCUGCAGCUGAGGAUGAGAGUCGUUAGAUUGUCUGCAAAGUUUUGUAGUGUAGUAAUCAAUGGUUUGUAAGUAUGAGUUGGAAAUUCAGCUUCUUAAAAAUGUAUUCAAGAUCAUAGAUUUUUAAUCAACAAGGCCCAUUGGUCUACCUUAGCUUUCCUUGUACCUUAGCUUUCCUUGUUUCUUCCCUUCUGCUUUUGGACAAUUAUUAAUUACAGGAGUAGCAUUUCCCUGUUUUUACUGAAUUCUUUGUAGAAGCCAAAGUGAGAACUGCAUUAGACCCCAAGUCUCCUGUUCCUCUUAACCCUGCCCUUUGUGAAGGUGUUACAGCUCUCCCUUGUUUUCCAGAAGCUGGGAUGGAUUGCCCUUGACCUCUUUUGGUAUUAUCUUGUUCUCUGGCAAACUGAGCCAACCUUUUCGAUUUACACGGAUAAAUAAUUACACUGUAUUUUACUAGCACAAUUGCAGCUUGCUUCUUGCUAACUAAAAGUCUACAAUUUAAACAUUUCCCUGCCUUUCCCUUUGAAAGCUUUAGAUAACCCUGUUUAUCUUAAACAAAUGUUUGCUGUCAGCAAAAAUCAUUUAAUUCAAGUGUCGAUGCAUUGUAGCUCCUUUGAAAUCUUAGUUAACUUCUUUGGAAUUACAGGAAUUAAGUCUAGCAAACCCAUUUCUUCCAUCAGAACAGUGCAAGGUUUUAGACAUUCUGAUCAGCUGGCAGCUCAGGUUUUAAUUUCUAUUGAAUAUGAAAGUUCUGAUUUUUUUUGUAUCUUUUAUAAUCAGAUUGGUUCCUGUCGUAUUAAUGACAAUUAUCCCUAAAAAUAAAAAAAAUUAAAUAUUUUGCAAAA